CCAGACAGCCUUCGGCUGUCUGGGCAUGCUGGGAGUUGUAGUUUUGCUACAACUUGGCUCUACAGCACACUAGUUAGUGUACAGGCACCUUGCAUUAAUGCCCUCCUACAACUGGACCUGGUCUGUAAUUGUCCUAGGGCUGCACUUCAAAAAGAUGUCUCACACAUCACAGAAGCAUCGAGACUUUGUCUCUGAACCCAUGGGCGAUAAGCCGAUUACAGCCUUGGCCGGUAUUGGAGAAGUUCUUGGUGGUAAAUUAGAAGAUCAAGGCUUUGAUAAGGCCUAUUUGCUUCUGGGACAAUUUCUUAUCUUAAAGAAAGAUGCAGAUGACCUCUUUAAAGAAUGGCUAAAGGAUUCCUGCGGGGCCAAUUCUCGGCAAGCAGAGCUGUGUUCUUCCUGUCUGAAGGAGUGGUGUUCCUCUUUCCUGUGACUUUCUUGUAUGCACUUUUUGUCUUUAGUUUGUGUUGAAGUUUUUACCAGCAAUUUAAUAGCGUUUCAUGAAGUUUUCUAAAAAAUAAAAGUAAAGAUAAAAAGCGAUCUCAUCCAAAGAUGUGAAUCUUCUAUUCUAUUUUUAGGCACAUAAAAAGACUUUGCUACAUUGAUGAGCAAAACAACAGUAGGAACCUACAAAACCAAAUCUGAAGCAUGUCCCUUUUUUCAGUGCUGUGAUUAAUCACUAUCGAAGUAAAUGGCAGCUGAAACAGCACCUUCUUAUCUCAUGUGAAUAUACACUUUAACACAAUUCACCAGAAUUUCAACACAAAUAGCAGCAUCAAAAUCUAAGGGUGUUUACUAAAUGUGCAUUUCAUUUCUUGGUUUGCUGCGAUCUGGACAGAGACUGCAGGGAGUGAAGCACCAAGCCACAAACUUCUCCCUGCUCAUUUCAAUGAUCAUUGAGGGUCUUGGCACUGCAAUUCCACUGAUCAAAACUUUUGACAUGUCUCUGACAUGUCAAUAGUUAUGUAUGUAUACGAGACAGGGACUCUUAAAUGUAGCUUUUCACCAACUUUUCCCCAACUUGUAAAUGCAUGCAUCCUAUCACACGAUCAAUCUUCCCACUGUUAUGUGGCUUAUACUAUGGUACUAGAUUAUGGUGAGAGAUGUGCAAUAUACUACUACUUUCUGAAAUUUCCAUUGGAGUGUGUGAUGUUGUAAAACCUAGAGACGCCUCUUAUUUAUCAUUCCAAAAUAAA